CGCGCGGCGCGGCGGGGCGCGGGUUGGCGGCGGCGGCGGGGGCGCGGCCGGCGGGUGCGCCAUGGUGCGGCCGUGAGCGGAGCAUGGGGCGGCGGCUCCUCCGGGCGCUCCUCUGCCUCCUCCUCCUGGCCGGCCGCGGGCUGCUGCGGGACAGCGGCGCCUCCGCUACCGCCACCGCCGCGCACGGCUGCCUGUUUGACCGGAGGCUGUGCUCCCCCCAGGAGGUGUGUGUGCAGGAUGGGCUGUUUGGGCAAUGCCAGGUGGGCUCCGUGCAGGACAGACCCUACUUCCAGGUCACCUCUCCCGUGCUCCAGCGCCUGCAGGAUGUCUUACGGCAUCUCAUGGCACAAGGACUCUCGUGGCAGGAUGGCAUCACCCAGUAUGUGAUCUCGCAGGAGAUGGAGCGCAUCCCCCGCCUCCGCCCGCCGCCCUCGCUGGAGCCAGUGGCCAGGGACAGGGUCCUGCCCCUCCGCAGCUCCCCCCGGCGAGCCCCGCUCCCUGCAGACCCCGGCCUGCCAGCGGCUCAGCAUCUGGGGCAUCCCCCGCCGCUGCUGCCCUCCCCCCUGGUGCAGCGGUACCUGGAGCACCUCCUGCUGCCCCCCCAGCCCCAGCUGGGCUACGAGGAGGCUCUGCUCAACCCCUACUCCUACCACAAGUUUGGCUACCAGGACGGCACUCACCAGCUCCCUGGCAGCUCAGCCAGGCAGACCCCCGAGACCACCUCGCUGCUGGGACGGGUCCCUGCCCAGGCCCUUUUUGGGGCUGGUCCUGUGCCCUCCUAUGGUGGGCAGCCAGGAACGGACGGGGGGCAUCUCUUCCAGGAUUUGGCCAUGCUCUCCCUGCCCAGAGAGAAAGCUGGCCGCCCAGACCCUGCCGGCACCAGGCUCCAGCACAGCUUGCGGCUCCCCAGUGACUACAGGGACAUGGAGGAGAGGGAACAGCCAGGGUCCCUGGCCACCCAGCCACACCCUGCACAGACGGAUGCUGCCCUGAAGAGAUUAGCCUCCCUCCUGGCCAGCUACGGCUUGGGGCUGCCAGAGCUGAGCCCCCAGCAGCUGAGCAGCCUCUCCACCCUCCUCCAGCUGCUCCAGAGCUCUGGUGUUGCUGGCCCCGAAGUGCCCACAGCGAAACGGGUGGGUUUGCAGCAGGGUGGUGCUGGAGGAGGUGCCACGCCACAGGUGACGGAAGGGGACAUGCAGCACGGAGAGGAGCCAGUGCACCCUUCCUCCACAGUGCCGCUCCCCAAAAUCCCACCCAGCAGCUCCCCAGGGGACGGGCUGAGGGGCAGGGCAGCAUCCUCACCAGCCCCCCGGGCUGAGCCACAGCGGGGACACGGUGGAGAAGCGCUCGGCCCUGGGAAGCAGAUCACGGUGGAGAAGAAGAGCUACACAGAGGCGAAGGAUGCUGGGGCGCAGCGGGGCACACGGCCACCAGACGAGUACGGCUACAUCGUCACGGACCAGAAGCCCUUGGGGCUGGCUGCUGGCGUGCGGCUGCUGGAGCUCCUCGCCAAGCGCCUUCACCUCUCCACGGCCAGCUUCAUCAACAUCAGCGUUGUGGGCCCCGCUCUCACCUUCCGCAUCCGGCAGAACCCCCAGAACCUCUCGCUGGCGGAUGUGGCCAACCAGGCUGAGCAAGUGAAGGCAGAGCUGGAGGCAGAGCUGGGCCUGAAGAUUGUGCAAACAGGAGUGGGAGAGCGAAAUGAGGCUGCCGCCUACUCGCGCCCAUCCCGCUUUGGGGAUGGCUUCCACUCGGUGCUGCUGACCUUCAUCGCGCUGGCCUGCGUGGCGGGCAUCGCCAUCGCGGCUGCCGCAGCCUUCUGCCUCCGGCGCCAUGCCAAGCAGCGGGAGAAGGAGCGCCUGGCCGCCCUGGGGCCCGAGGGUGCUGCCGACACCACCUUUGAGUACCAGGAGCUGUGCCGCCAGCACAUGGCUGCCAAGUCGCUCUUUGGCCGGUCCGAGGCACCAGCGGCGCCAGCGGAGACAUCACGGGUCAGCAGCGUCUCGUCCCAGUUCAGCGACGCCCCCCAGCCCAGCCCCAGCUCCCACAGCAGCACACCCUCCUGGUGCGAGGAGCCCGUCCAGUCCAACAUGGACAUCUCCACCGGACACAUGAUCCUGGCCUACAUGGAGGACCACCUCCGCAACCGGGACCGGCUGGCCAAGGAGUGGCAGGCUCUCUGUGCCUACCAGGCUGAGCCCAGCGUCUGCUCGAUUGCCCAGAGCGAAGCCAACCUGAAGAAGAACCGCAACCCCGACUACGUGCCCUAUGACCACGUGCGGAUCAAGCUGAAAGCCGAGAGCAAUCCAUCCCGCAGUGACUUCAUCAACGCCAGCCCAAUUAUUGAGCACGACCCACGGAUGCCAGCGUACAUCGCCACACAGGGGCCUCUGUCCCACACCAUCGCUGACUUCUGGCAGAUGGUGUGGGAGCACGGCUGCACCGUCAUCGUCAUGCUGAGCCCACUGGCCGAGGACAGCGUCAAGCAGUGUGACCGCUACUGGCCGGACGAAGGCUCUUCUCUCUACCACAUCUAUGAGGUGAACCUGGUGUCGGAGCACAUCUGGUGCGAGGAUUUCCUGGUGCGAAGCUUCUACCUGAAGAACGUGCAGUCGCAGGAGACCCGCACCCUGACGCAGUUCCACUUCCUCAGCUGGCCGGCCGAGGGCAUCCCAGCCACCACCCGGCCCCUCCUCGACUUCCGCAGGAAGGUGAACAAGUGCUACCGGGGUCGCUCCUGCCCUAUUAUCGUGCACUGCAGUGACGGUGCGGGCAGGACUGGGACGUACAUCCUCAUCGAUAUGGUCCUGAACCGAAUGGCCAAAGGGGUGAAGGAGAUAGACAUAGCUGCUACACUGGAGCACAUCCGAGACCAGCGGCCUGGCAUGGUGCAGACCAAGGACCAGUUUGAGUUUGCGCUGACAGCCGUGGCCGAGGAAGUGAAUGCCAUCCUGAAGGCGCUGCCGCAGUGAUGGCGAGGAGCCCUCCCCUCUCAUCUCCCCCCGUGCCCCCCAGCUUCGCGUGCUCUCCUUGCCCUGCCCGUGGGGCUGCUCUCCCCGUAAAACGCUGUCUGUGCUGCUGGCUCUGUUUUUCCCCCCCUUUCCAGCCGCCCCCCACCCCUUUCUCCCCAGGGACACACGCCUCAGCCCCUCUGUGUGCAGGGCACGGAGCCCUAUUGUACCUGCAGCCACCGCACAGGGAACUGGGCUUGUGUCCCCCAUCCCCUGCAGAAGAGGGGACCAGGUAGUGGUGCCGGGAGUUCACUGUGGGGCCCCCCCAGCCGCUCUCUUGCACCCCAACCUGGCGCUCCUGCAUCAGCCCCCUCCCUGUCUGUACCAGGGUCGGGGGCAGGAGCAGGCAGGGGUCCCCCGCAGAGGGGGAGCAGUGGGUGCAGGGGGGGGCUGGCCCAGCCCCAGCUCCCCUCUGUGUGCUCCCCACCUCAUCACUCGAGCAAGAAGAGAAAUUUCUAGAGAAAUAUAAUUUUGUAUCUUGAUGUGAAUAAAGUUCUCGUGUCGCGUUCGUGCAGCUGCA